GUACUAGUCACAUACAUAACAGCUUGCUAACCAAGGGCCCGAUUCAGACCUGAACGCUGUUGUGCGAAAUCUUACACAGUGGACGAUUAGCGAAUGACUGCAUAUGCACCGCAAUGUGCAGGCGUGUCGCCGCACAGCGACAGGAUGGUGCGAAAAUUUUGAUUGCAAGGCGUUCGCAAGAUGAUUGACAGGAAGAGGACGUUUGUGGGUAGUAACUGGGAGUGUCAGGAAAAACGCAGGCAUUCCAAAGCGUUGUCAGGGCGUGUGUGUGACGUCAGCUCCGCCCCCGAUCAGCCUGAUGUAUCGCAGUGUAGGAGUAAGUCCUGGGCUGCGCACAGACUGGAAACAUCAUUCCAUGGUGAGUGAGUUGCGAACGGAUUUGCAGAUGUCCAGUGUCUGGCGGAAUUUUUGCAUGGCGUAUACACGAAUUUGCAGACUUCCAUGGACGGGUUUUCACUCUCUAUGGGCGGCAGCUAUCUGAGUGCAGACCGCUGCAAAACGCACAGCAGUCAUCAAGUCUGAAUCACAAACACAAGUGCAUACAUCAAAGGAACCCCCCCCCCCCUUUUGAAUCCUGCGUUUGCCCCCUGGACCCUGACCCUGUUUGCCUGACCACACACAUAUAAGGUGGCUACAGCAGGCCACGGUAGAGAUUCUCAGCUUGCUUCCUUGUAGGUAAGUGCUCCAGAAUUCUGACUUUGAUCCGUAUGCUGUUAACUUUCAUGAUAUUCACAAGCAAUUAAAUGACAAAUGAAAUGCAGAUUUAAUAGCAUAGGAAUGUCUAUGAAACUGCAAAGAGUAAAAAAGUAACUGCAGAACAGGAAGUCUUGGGCACAUAAAUGCAGUAGAUCGUCAAGGCACAGAGUGUUUCAGGACUCACCCACUACAUGAAGAACAUGAAGACUCUCCUGUGUAAACAAGGCAAUAUUUUCGCUGCAAUAACCAUGUUGCUAAUUAGUGCCCGCCCUUCAAUCUCUUCUACAACCACCUCAUCCCCUCAAGUAUGCGGUACCCCUGCGGUCUACAGUCGGAUAGUCGGCGGAACAGAUGCUGCGGAUGGGGAGUGGCCCUGGCAGAUCAGUCUGCAUUAUUUGGGGUCACAUAAUUGUGGGGGGUCGCUGAUCUCCAACCAGUGGGUGCUGACUGCGGCUCACUGCUUUAACCGCUUUAGUCCUCCAUCUGCUUAUUCUGUGUACCUGGGGAAAUACCGGCUGUCUGUGACGGACACUCAUACAACCAUUGCUGGUGUGGAGAGAAUUAUUACGCACCCCCUGUAUACAGGUACAGGGAGCAGAGGGGACAUCGCGCUGGUAAAACUGGACAGUCCCGUCACCUACACCAACUACAUUAUGCCAAUCUGUCUGCCCUCCGCCACAGUCACCUUCCCCUGUGGCAUGGAAUGUUGGGUGACCGGAUGGGGAAAUAUCUACCCUAAUGGUGAGAAAUGUUUUUGUUUAAAUCAUAUCAAGUAA